GCACUGAUAGGCGGCACUGAUAGGUGACACUGAUGAUGGGUACUGAUAGACGGCACUGACUGGCAUCACUGCUGGGCACUGACUGGUGGCACUGACUGGCACACUGCUGGGCGGCAUGACUGGUGGGUGGCACUGGUGGGCAACACUGGUGGGUGGGCACUGGUGGGUGGCACUUCUGGGCAACACAGGUGGGUGGGCACAGGUGGGUGGCAGUCUGGCACAGGUAGGUGCACUGCUGGGCACAGGUGGGCGGAACUUGCGGGUGGCACUGCUGGGCACCGAUCAUCAGGGCACUGAUCAUCAGUGUCCUGAUGAUCGGUGCCGAUCCCCGCUGUGACAACUGCCGGUUCUCGGCAGUACUUUCCUCACGAUCUGACAGUGUGAGGAAAGUGCAGCCGAGAACCGGCACUUGCAU